AUGAUGCGUUUUGUUCCGACUUUUCUCCUGGUCGGCCUCGCUGCCAAGUCGGCUUUGGCAUUCACCCCACCCUCUUGCAGUGCCGAUGAACACUGCCCGGAGAAGUAUCCUUGCUGCUCUCUUUACGGACAAUGUGGUACUGGUGCCUACUGCCUGGGUGGAUGUGAUCCCCUGAUGUCCUACUCCCUCGAUUCCUGCACUCCUGCCCCCAUUUGUGAAAGCAAGACCUUUAGCUCCUGGGCCAAUCUCGACAGCGCUGCCUCCAACGACGUUUACCUCGGAAAUGCCUCCAAGUACGAUUGGGUCUACAGCGGCUCCCCGAAGAUCGAAGAUGGAAACCUCCUCCUGACUAUGCCCAAGAACAGCGUUGGCACUCUGUUUGCUUAUAACCACUAUGUCUGGUAUGGCAAGAUCACUGCCAAGGCCAAGAGCAGCCGUGGUCAGGGUGUGGUUUCGUCUUUCAUCCUGCUUUCCGAUACCAAGGACGAGAUUGACUACGAGUGGGUGGGUGCUAAUCUGAACCAGGUUCAGACCAACUUCUACUUCCAGGGUGUCCUGAACUACACCAAUGGCGGCAAGACUACGGUCAAAGACACCUUCGAUGACUGGCACACCUACGAAAUCGACUGGACCCCUGAUGCGAUCAACUGGUCCGUCGAUGGCACCGUCGUCCGCACUCUGACCAAGGCUUCGACUUGGAACGAGACUGCUAACCGUUACAUGUACCCCCAGACCCCCUCCAGAAUGCAGCUGUCUCUGUGGCCCGCUGGUCAAGCCAGCAACGCCGAGGGAACCAUUGAAUGGGCCGGGGGUGAGAUCGACUGGGAUUCCGAGGAUAUCAAGGAGAAGGGCUACUACUAUACCACCUUUGGCGAGAUGACCGUGGAUUGCUACGACCCUCCUUCUGACGCCACUGUCGACGGCUCCAAGGCUUACGUCUACAUCAACGAAGAUGGUUUGGAAAGCUCGAUUGAGAUCACCAACAACAAGACUGUGCUCGCUUCUUUCGGGGCCACUGGUUUGGACAUGGAUCUCGGUGCCAGCAAGAGCAGCACCAACUCUUCGUCUUCCAGCUCCGCUUCGUCCACCGAGGCGACCGUCCCCCAGAACAACGGCAGCGGCACUGGCAAUGAGCCUGGCAACAGCUCUUCCACCAGCAGCUCGACCAGCAGCACCACCAGCUCCGGAUCCUUCAGCCAGGGAACCACCUCGACCAGCGACAAGACCGGUGCCGCUCCCUCGCAGAACGAGCGGGUGCUUAAAGGCUCCUUCUUUGCAGUGUUGGUUGCGCUUGUUGUUCUGAUUACUCUGUGA